ACAUAUGUAAAGAACCUUGAGAAGUACUACAGUGACUUCAAAUGUGGGGGAAACAAGAGAUACAUUUCACUGGGGAUGAUGAAGAUAACUUGAGGGACACUUUUUCUUCUAUUGUCGACAUAUUUCCCAGUGCUAAAAGUUCACUGGAUGCUGUAGAUAUUUCAGCUAGCAGCAAGAUAAGCCUUCAACCAGCUGUUAAAUAUUUUUGGGACUACCAGUAUUGUGUAACACGGCUGAUCUCGAGACACCAUGCUAGUGCACUAAUUGCAUAUGCAAUCAGACAUGUUAAAAAAUCAGAUUCUGAAGAUGAAACACACCUAGGAAUGGUCCGACUCUUGAACAUAGAGACAGGUCAGAAACUACUUUUGCGCUCGUUUGCUGACCGUAUCAUAUAUUUGGAUUUCGCGAUGCGUCAAGAAGCUCUAUUGGCCGUCCUUGACUACUCUGGAGCCCUCAAUAUUUUCCAUAUUGAUCAGGGAUCGGUUGGCUCAGAUCCAAUGACUUCGUCGCUUUUUUUCUCACUGAAACCACCUGAUAACUUCGUUCCCUUAGACGUUGCCUCACUCACAUGGUGCCCAUGGGUUUCUGGUAGCAAGGCUCCAGUUCUGUGUACGCCUGAAAAUUAUAGCGAUGCAUACAAACUAUCAAAUGAUCCGAGUCUCGUGAUUGCGUUUUCUGUUCACCACAAGGUGAAAGUUUUAGAUGUGGGGUUAGUUGUCAGUCUUCUACCAAAGCAUUUUCCACAAGAUAUUCAGUCGUCGGAACCGAUAACUUGGAAUGAAAGUGAAAUCCUUGACUCUGCAAAAAAAUGUACGAUAGAAUCAGUGUACUACGCUGAAAUGUCCAAUCAUUCUGAUGCUAUCACUGCAAUCACUUUGAGUCGGGAUGGAAGUUGUUUAGCUUCAGGCAGCUUAGAUGGUCAAGUAUGCUUAUACUCCUUGGUGAAUCGGCCUUCAGGUGAUACCUCGAUCAUCCUGAGGCCGAUCCAUGUGUUUCGUCCACAUGAUGGGCUUCCGAUUUACUCCGUGAUAUUCUUGGAUAACAUCUUACGUAAUGACGAAAGCUCAACAUGGAGUCAUCUUCUAACCGGUGCUCAGUUUAAUCGAGAGAUACGACUUUGGUCAUGUUUAGAUUGGUCCUGUUUGCAAACUGUACGUUUUUGUCCCGGUGCGUUAAAUCUAGAUCCACUAAAACAAGCAAAUAUGCCGUCGUUAAAACCUGGUUUGCUACUGUUUCUAGACAGAACAGCUUCGUUUCUUAUUGCUGCAGAUGUAACGAGAAGGGUCCUUUAUACUUUUGAAAUCGGUUCUGUUGAAACUACCGCGGAAAAUUUAACUGAAUUAGAAGAUGGAAUAUCAUCGGUAUCAUCUUGUAGAAAAAUGUGCAUCGUUUCAGUUGGUGAAUUUUUACUGACAUCUCCAUGUCUACUGUUCGCUCUGGGUUCUUUUUCAAGAAAGGCCGGAACUGAUGCUGCCUCCGUCCACAAUGGAAGAAACGGUUCCCAAGAAGUAUUUAUGGACCAAAUAUCUUUGGAAAUUCAUAUUAUUCAUAGUCGAAACUUGUUAGUCGGUACUAUGCGGUUUGAACUACCUCAUCGGUCUAAGUCGGCUAUGCUUAAUGUGAUUAAUUCUAUAAUCCAGUCGUCCUCUUCAGUAAAAUCAUCACUUUCCCAUGAUACAAAUAACAACGACAAUGAUGAUAACUCACCGAAGUUAGAUUCUGAUGUGAACGUAACUUCAGAGGGGAAUGAAGUGGAUAAAGUCUCGGAUAACACCAAUGCAAAUGAUGAGAAUGCGGUCACAAGUCAACAAUCGGAUCAAGAUCCAUUGAUGCCUGAUAAUAAUCAGACUGAGACGGAAUCCGUCAACAUAGUGUCGGAAUAUCCUCUGUCGGCUACAGUGAACGAUAAUAAUUCAGUUAAUUCGGAUACUGUGUCACUUACUUCCGUGGAAGCACCAAGUACUGAAAACUUUCAAGACGCUUUCCCUGAGGCACCUCUUACAGUGAACCAUGAAUUAUCCAAAACGUCAAAAGAAUCUGGUUGUGAAGAUGUCAAUCAUGGAACGACAAGCAAUGAAAGUGCUCUGACUGAAACACCGAAUCCGAUAACCCCACCAAUACCCAGUCUCCCGAUACAACAGUUGCUGUAUGAGAAUUUGAAAAAGUUUUCUUCUACUAAAAUUGAUACAAACACUGAGAACCAUUUGGACUCAACGGAUGAAAACAAUAUUCAUAUUUCGUCACCAGACUUGAAAAUGUCAGGUGGAGAAAGCCCACCACAAGUGUCAUCAUCCUUAAUGUCUGCGUUAGAAUCUAAGAUUGAAACAGCAGAAGUGCAUGAGAAUGCAUCAUCACCAGCUGCAUUGCAAAACUUGUCUGUAUCAACAUCAAAUAUAAAUGAUGAUGCUUAUAAUAAUGAUCAUCUUUUAUUUGGUGAACAUGAUCAGUUAAGAAAAGACAGUGAUAACACGAAGACCAGUUUCAGCAGUACUAUUGAACAUAUUGAUAACAUGACCUCAGCACCGGAUUACAGAAUGGAUAUGAUUUUAAAUCAGUUACAAGAAUUAACUACAGCAUCACGGGAACAAAAUAAAAAAUUCGAAUUUUUAAUAGAACAAUUUCAAGAAACGAAACUGAAGCUUGAAGAUCUUCAGCUAAGACAAUUUGAAAUCGUUGGACAAUUGAAUAAUCGCAGUCAAAUACUACCAUCCAGUAACGUGAUGAUACCAGGGGGGAGACCGAAACAUUUCGGAGAUAAGUCUGUUGAAUUAGCCAAUCAAAUACUUUUACAACUUCGUACUGUACAAGGAGACUUUUCGCGACGCUGUUCUCAAUUGGAUGAUUCUAUGAGUAAAGUUUUGUCGAGUGUUCAAGAUCCACGCUUUCCUAAUCCUCAUCAGUUGCAUAACAUUGAGUCCAGAAUAAGUGUGCUGCCUAAAUUGUUAUGUGAUUCACUAAAGUCUAUUUUACGUGAUGAACUUCAACGAGCAAUUUCAAAUAAUAUCUUAAGCAUAACGGAGCCGUUACGUGAAGCAUUGCAUCGUGCUAUACAAGAAAGUUUAUCUACUUUGACUUCGAAUUUAGCGGAAAAUGUUCAACGUACAUUGCGCGAUAAGAACUUCACUGCACAGAUUGUACGAUCUGUUUCUGGACCGCUUACCAAUGAACUUUCUUCAUCCUAUCGAGAUUCAUUGAAUAAAAUAUUCGUGCCAGCUUUGGAAAAAGGCAUUAAAAUGUUGUUCACCGAUUUGAACGAAGUUUUCCAGACGGGCACACAACAAUAUUUAAAUCAAGUUUCUACUGCCAAAGAAAUUCCGUUUGAUUAUUCGAAAUUUACUGCAUCUCUGACAAAUCAAAUCACUUCAGUCAUAAAAUCUACUGUCAGUUCAGCAGUUAAAGAAAGUGGAAUCUCAUGCAUAUCUACAGAAAAUGUAACCAAUACUGGACGUGCUAAGUCGAAUCAACCCGGAGACACUCAUUCUGACACCAACUCAUCAAGUUGUUUGGCAAACAAAAGCACCAGUUCAACACUGUUGGAUCGAACACAUUCAUCAGUUAAUAAGUCAUAUAAUCGAAAUCUAAAUAAAUCGGGAACAACGUCAACAGUUAAUGCCACUAGUAGUAAUGUUGCAACUAGUCAAAAGAAUAAGAUUUACUCUGGUAGUGAAGUGAUUCAGGAGUGUCAGCCACAUUCACUAAUUAAACAAGACGAGUUAGCUCGUUUAAUCGGACAAGCCCAGAUGCUAAUUCGAAGUAACCGUUUGGUUCCGGCCUUAGAAUUGGCAUUAGUAUCUACUAACCAAUCAUUCCUACUAGAUGUUUGCAGUGAUAUUGAUGUGAAUCAACUUUUUGGCUCCGGUGAUCAUAAAAUUGGACAGAAUGUUUUGUUAUCUCUGAUUCAUCAGUUAAGCUGUGGUGAUUUAACUACUCAGCUAGAUUUAAAGAUACGGUAUCUUCAGGAAGCUAUCCUUUGUCUUGAACCGAAUGAUCCGACUACAUCUGUUCAUGGGCCGGCCAUUCUAAGUCUACUCACUGUUCGACUUGAAGCAUUGCUAAAUUCAUCACAUAACUGUCUGAAAGGCAAUACAAAAACUGCCGUUUCUCUACGCUGUCGCCUUGUCAAACUGAAUCGUUCUGCCAAAUGUAUAUUUCAGAAUACGUCAUCUGCGGAAAAAGUAGAAUAAAUGAAUAUUAAGCUGAGGCACUGUAUUUCUUCCACUUAUGGUGUACACAGUGCAUAUUGCUCUUAAACAUUUAUUUCUUUGUAUCCCAAUUGGUUUUUGAAAUUCGUAAUGUCAAGAGUGCAAAUUAACAAAUAUUAUUACCUUUCAUCCAUAUUCGUCAUUUUAUUUUACCCGGUCAAUAUACAUAUAUUUGAUGCAUACACGUGUUUCAUGUUAUUUCCUAUAUGUCUGCUAUUGAAAAUUCUUCGUACAUAUACAUUACUGUGUUCAUGAUUGACCUUUUUGAGAAAUCUAACACUUAAACUUCCCGUGGAUUAUAAAUUUAUGAUGCCUACCGUUUUGUUUUUAACCAUUUUUCUCCUACUCCUAGCGUUUUAAGUGGAAUAAAGGGC